GGAAUGGAAAAGAAAUUGGGAGUUUAAAAAAAUGAAGCAAAUGUGGGCCAGCGACAAAAAUUCGCGGUGGAGCGUCACAUUCCGUCCGGGUCGCUAAAUCUUUCCCGAUCCGGACCACUCCGUCUUUUCUUCUUUCCAUCCCUGGAUGGCUGAAACCGUCACAUUGAAAGAUGCUUUGGGGAAUGUAGAACUGCUGGAAGACCUAAUUCUCCCCGAUGAUCAACCAUCGAUUGAGGCUCGCCCUCUUCCGUUACUUUGCAGGACCAAUUUUGACACCAACUUUGAGGACAGGAAUGCUUAUGUGACGGGAGUUUCUAAGUACAUCGAAGAGGCAACACGCCAUGCCCUUUUCAAUGAUCUCCUGAGCGAAGGCCUACAACAUGCUGCAAACCUCUAUACUUGGAGAUGCUGUUCUCGAGCUGUCCCUACGGUUAAAUCAAACGAUCAGCCUAAUCGUGUUGAAAUCAACAUGAAAGUGGUGGAAGUGCUUAGGCCCGAAGUUGACAAACUUCAGCAGUUCAUGAUGUUUACGAAUGAUGCCAUCUCCCGAUUUUGCGAAGAAGUUCGUCGUCUCUGUCACAUUGAGAAGCGAAAGGACUUUGUCUCUGAAGCUUACCUUUUGACUUUGGGGCGGUUCUUGAACAUGUUCGCGGUUUUGGAUGAGUUGAAGAACAUGAAGGCAUCUAUUAAGAACGACUUCUCUACUUUUCGAAGGUCUGCUCAGUUUCUGCAAGUCAUGUCAGACACCCAGACCAUCCACGAUAUGCAGAAUUUGAGCAUGUUUCUAGCAACUCAGAACAAAAUCAAGGACGAUCUAAAGGCAAGGAUGAUAAAGAUCGAAGCAUACGAGGAGCUACUCGCUGACGUUAUCAACAUCUGUGCUCAUAUGUUCGAAAGCCAUUUGUAUCUUUCACCAUCAGAACGUCAUAUGUUCGUCAAAGUUAUUGCAUUUUCAUUGUUCCUUAUGGACGGAGAUGCUGCGAAUGUGGCAAAAAUGGAUCAGAAAAAACGCUUGAGCAUAAGCCGUCUGGAUAAGAUUUUCAAGUCUCUGGAAGUUGUUCCUCUUUAUGGCGAUAUGCAAAUACAACCGUUUUCGUUUGUGAGAAGGUGUCAGUUUUACGAAGCUAAUAAAUGGCCGCUGAGUGACAAAGAAGGCGAUAAAUGCCAUGUGAACAUAGUUGAGAAAAUGAAGAUCACGCGCGCAGAUCAUGAAUCCUACGUCACGCAACUGGCAAAGCUCAAUAAUAACGUUGCGAUCAGCGACCGUGUUUCAUUAAAUUCGGAUGCAGAGAAUCGCGAAAUGACUUCUCUGGCUCUUAGCGGUUUGCAGUUGCUUUGUCAGUGGACUGCGGAUGUGGUAGAAACCAUCAGCUGGAAGCUGCUCCAUCCAACCAACAGCCGAGAUAACAAAGAUUGUCCUGAGACUGCUGAAGAGUAUGAGCGAGCCACUAGGUACAAUUAUUCACCGGCUGAGAAGACAGCUCUUAUUCAAACAAUCUCGAUGAUAAAGGGCCUGCAGUCUUUAUUGGGCCGGAUAGAAUCGUCUCUAUCAAAUGCGAUAAGGCGGCAUGUAUACACUGAACUGCAAACAUUUGUACAACAUGCGUUUAAUGAGCCUAUACAGAAGGCUGUCAAGGGCAAAAAAGAUCUUCUGGCCAGCAUUUUGCAAUCGGUUCGAGAUACUUGUAUCGAUACAUAUUCUAUGGAGUCGCGUCCUUCUGUGGAAAAGGUGAAAAAGCGACAAGGAAAGGAUUCUACAACAAGUUCAAGCAGUGACUUACGCAUCACUAGACGUGCCUCCCCUCCUGCUCCAAGCAGCACACAGCUCUAUAUGGCAAGAACGCAGCUGGAGUCACUAAUAUCCGAACGAGCCAGCGGUGGUAAGAAAGUGUUGCGCAAGGAGCUUGAUGCAAAGACUAUCGAAAGAAUCUCGAUCUUUUUGAGGAAGUCAACCCACUGGCCAGCUCUUUUCCGUCUUUCGGAUUCGCUUUCAGAAGCUGCCGAGUUGAGCCAACUUUGGUUCCGCGAAUUUUAUCUGGAAAUGACCAUGGGUCAGCGAAUUCAGUUUCCAAUCGAAAUGUCGAUACCGUGGAUUUUGACUGAUCAUAUAUUGACGAAUCCUGAUUCAUCAUUGAUCGAAGGGGCUCUUUACCAACUGGAUUUGUACAAUGAUGCUGCCAACUACAGUCUUUUCAACUUCAGAAAACGAUUUCUUUUCGAUGAGGUAGAAGCUGAGGUGAACCUAUGUUUUGAUCAAUUCAUUUAUAAGCUGUCUGACAUGGUUUUCACGCAUUUCAAACAGCUGGCAUCAUGUAUGAUGUUGGAUAAGCGGUUCAAACUUGAUUGUCAGAGAGCUGGCGUAACCAUCAGAACUCCACCGGCAGGUCGUUUUGAUGGUGUUUUGAGACAAAGACAUGUGCAGUUACUUGGACGCUCGAUCGAUUUGAAUCGUCUCAUCUCUCAGCGAAUCAAUAUCGCCCUACUGAAAGCGCUCGAUACAGCAAUCUGGAUGUUCGAAAGUGCUGAACUCUCGAGCAUCGUGGAACUCGAUUUCCUUAUUGAGACGAAUCGUCUUUGCCACUCGCUUUUGAGAGAAAGGCUCUUUUCUGUGGCUGAUUUCAAUGAUCUACUACUUGAGGCAAACCAUAAUGUAUCAGCACCGCAUGGUCGUGUCACUUUGCAUGUGUUCUGGGAGUUAAACUAUGAUUUCAUUCCUAACUUUGUGUAUAACGGAUCGACCCAUCGCUUUGUGCGAGCAAAGGAGGUGUUUCGCAAAACUCCCGCUCGAGAAAGGAAGCCACAAGUGUCAUUUGUGUAUUUGUGGGGCUCUAAGUCUCUGAAUGCUGCUUUUGCUAACAUAUUCUACUCAUAUGCGCGUUUUAUUGGCAUUCCUCACUUAAAGGCAAUUGCUCGUUUAUUACAAUAUCAAGGGAUUGCGGUUAUUUUUGAAGAACUACUGAAGAUGGCACGUUUGCUGAUUUCGGACAAACUCAAGCGCCAUUUGAGAUCGAUAUACUCCGUCAUGCCCAAGGUGUGCAAACUGCCAAGGAGUGAUUACGGUAGUCCCGGCGUUUUUCAAUACUACUUUCACCAUCUGGAAGGAGUAGGAAAAUACCAAGAAUUGAGAGGCGAAUUUUGUCAGGAUCUUCGUGAAUUGGGGAAUAUCAUUUUGUUCUGCCAACAGCUUGAAAUUGGCAUGGCGCAGGAGGAAGUACAAGAUCUCCUCGCUGCCGCUGCAUUCACGAAUGUCAUACCAAAACCACCAGCGAAAAGUGUUGCCGAGCAAGAGAAACAGCUGGCGAAGCUUGAAGAAAAGUAUUCCAGGAUCCAGCUCACAAAUGUUGUAGAGAAAUUUGGUGAUGACAAGCAAAUAGCCAUAUCUCGUGAGGCAGAACUGAUGACUAAAGAACGACUUUGCUGUGGACUAAACAUUUUUGACAUGUUCCUCAGAAGAAUUCGUCAGAUGAUGGGAGAUGAUCCGAUCUGGACAGGAGGCUAUCCACCUAAUGGUGUGAUGUGGGUCGAUGAAUGUGUUGAAUUUCAUCGUGUAUGGUCUGCUCUACAGUUUUUCAUAUGUCAACCUCGGGUUACUGAUGAUGAGCGUUUGGUUGAGGAGCUGUUUGGCGACUCAUUACAGUGGGCAGGAAUGUCCAUCAUUUGUUUGUUGGGACAGCAGCGACGAUUUGAAGUCUUGGACUUUUGCUACCAUCUUCAUAGAAUUCAAAAACUUGAUGGAAAGGAUGAGACCAUCAAUAAUAUCCGUUUGUCUCGAAUGGUGGAACGAAUAAGACGUUUUCAACUACUUAAUACACAAAUCAUCACCAUUUUGACCAACUACCUGGUCCCUAGUGAAGAGUAUGAAGAGGAAAACGUGAGGGAGUUUAUGCCACCCACACAUCCAUCUCUUACCGGGCAAUAUCCGGUCGAGUCGUGAGACAGGAUGACUGCUGACGAUGGAAUCUCAUAAAAAAUUGUCCUUGUGAGGACUACUACCGAUCGGGAAAAGAAAGUUUUGACCAUUGCCGAGUAUUUAUGCAACAAUUGACGGUUACCUUAGCUUAGAAACAAGCUGCCUAUGCUUUACACUGCAUUUAAUAAAUCAUUCC